ACUCCACUACCGUUUGUUUUCGCGAGCACCCGUAAAAAUUUGAUAGAAUACAAAAAAUUAAACAAGUCGCAACGCUCGCUGCUCUGGAUUCAAUCAAGCGUUAAGUGUGUGUCGCAGUGUGUGUGAGUGUUUGUGCCUAUGCUGGCCCUUCGAAAUGCCCCGUUAGCCGCGAAACCGAAUCUGUUUGCUGCAACAACAACAACUCUACCAUCAAGAAGAGAAACAACAAUAAAAGCAACAAGAAGAAAAAGAGGAAGAACGACUGCAACAACCGCAAUGCUGUCUAACGGCACUGCCGGCGUCGCUGUCGCCGUCGACUGCGAUGAGCGAACGCGUCUGCUGAGCGAUGAAAUUGUUGUUGUCACCGCCGCUGGCGCUCCUUCGUCCUCUGUCGGCGUCGCUGCUCCUGUGCCGCCGACGUCGCUGCCACUGGUGCAUACAACGGCAACAACAACAACGCCAGCAGCAGCAACAAAUAACAAUGUGAACAACAACAACAAUGCCAUGGUUGUGGUCAGUGCUAAAAACACCGUUAAUAAUGCCAAUACACAUACGAAUACGAAUAAGAGCAAAAGCAACAACAAUAACGCAGCUAUAGCAGCUGCAGCAACAACGGGAGCAACAGAGACGGCAGAGGCAACAGCUGACGACGAGGAUCUAUCGAGCGAUCUGAGCGAUAAAUUUCCACGCCCCCAAAAGAAGCCCGGCAAACUGAGCAAAUUGGGCACCAAAAGCGUCGGUCUCAAGCGUGUCUCCUUUGGCUCCUCGAAGGGCUCCAUGGUAGAGACGCUAGUCUUUGAGACGCCAACUCCUCUAUCGGAACACGUGGAGUCUACCUUUGGUUUCGAUGCGGCCGCUGGAGGAGAUCAUCCUGAUGCCGCUGCCGUCGCUGCUGCUGGUCAGCUGCCGUUGGCAUCGACGCUGGCGUCGCACUUGCCACACGCCGGUGGCGGUUACAGUGGAGACUAUGCCAAGGGAAAUAUGGAUGACAGCGGCAUCGAAGUGCAGGAAGAAUCAGAGCGUUCAAUAGUACGCGUCUCCAUUUACGAAAGCAGCCAGCCACAGCAGCCGGACUAUUUGCCGGACGACUCUUUAGCCGGUGACGGCUAUCCCUACAACAGUAACGACCUCGACCUAUACCCAACAAUGUCCACGACGGCAGCGACGGGGAUGAUGCAACAGCAGACACUUGGCCUGGGAGGGGCUUACGAUCGCCAGCAGAGCACCGAUUCUGGCUGGGAUAAUCCCUUUCGUCCCGGUGGUGAUCUCUCACGAGAGGCUGACGAGAUUGUCAGUAUGAUCAGAGGCGGCCAGCCCAUCACACCCACAGAGGAUCGUACCAUUGGCAACGGGAGCACAGCACAUGCGGAUGACAAUUGCAAUGGUGGAGGAGUGGCGAUCGGAGAGAGCGUGACCAAAACCAAUCUCUCGCAGAAUCUAGCAACAGCACAAAAUGGUACAAAUUCCCAUGCCUCUGCCGACGCUGGCGCCGGAAAGGCGGGCAAGGCGUCUGAUCAGCUGAACAGCGGCGGCGGCGGCGGUGGUGGCAACAACAAUGGUGUCACCUCACUGGGACAGGUGUCCAAACAGGUGGUGCCGGGACCCAUCUCCGCUAGUCAUGUGGUCAUCGAUGAGAAGAAGAGCAAGAAGAAGGGCUGCUGUGUCCUUCAAUAAUUCAACGGAAGGUGGGGGAAAAAACAAACGAAAUGGGGGGUUAUUUUUCCGGCUGUUCCAUAUUUCGUUUCGUUUUUAAAUUUAUAAUUAUUGUAAUUUUUUUUUUCGUUCUUUUUUUGUGUUUUUUUUUGUGGAUAAACGAUUUCGAAAUAUGGAGCCGAGAAGCUGUUGAUAUUUUUCAAGCCGCAUAAAUCGCUUUUGCUUUUGCUUUUUGCAAAAACGAAAAAAAAAAACCAAAAAAAGAAAAA